UUUAAAUUUUAUAAUCAUUCAAUCUCCAUCUUUUUAUGCCCAACUUCCUCCUCCUUCCCCACACUAUACUCUCUCUCUCUCUCUCUCUAAGAAGACGAAGAAGAAAAAAGAAGAUGAUGAUACUAGGGAAACGUCCACGGGGACAGAUGAAGAGAACGGCGAGUGUAUCAGGAAUCACGGUGGAUCUCAGCCACGUCGAGGGUGAAGAGCCAUCCGAUGAUCAGAAUCCCAGCACCGGAGAGAUUCCUCCGCCGAUCGGCAGCCAAAAUCUGGACAGUACUGAUCUAAUGAAUUAUACCUUAUCUUUCGUGUCACCAAGAGGCCGGACAAAUCUCUCCGCCUUUAACAAAGACACUAACCACCAUUCUUCUCUUAUCUUUCUCCGCUCUUGCACCUUCUGUCACCGCCGCCUCUCUCCCGCCCGUGACAUUUACAUGUACAUGGGAGAUACAGCUUUUUGCAGUGCCGAGUGCAGAGAGCAGAAGAUGGAACAGGAUUGCAGAAAAGAGAAGGGCGCAGCCGCCACUACCACCGUCCAUGGUGGCAGCCGGCAUAAAGAAACAUCAGACUGUGGUAGCGGUGUAUAAUUUAGAUGGGUUUUGAAGUAUAAUAAAGAAAAGAAAAAAAAAUGAAGAAGAAGAAGAAGAAGAAGGUAUAUAUGAUUGAUUUAUGAAUCAUCAGCGGGGAAAUUUAUGAAUUUCAUAGACAAAGCUAACAUACGUUUUUGUUUGAAAAUAUAUGUUUAUUUUUGUGUGUAUUUUUAGACUUUUAGUUCAAUUAUUAUUAUUUUAGUUUUUUCUUUUAUGUUUCA